AGCCGUGCGGGCUCGGCAUCCGGAAGCGCGCGGAUUCCCUGCGGAACGCCUGCCGCGAGCCAUGUCGUUCAAGCCGCAGAUCGUCAUCGACUGCCGCGGGCACCUCUUGGGACGCCUCGCCUCGGUCGUGGCCAAGGAGCUCCUGAACGGCCAGUCGGUCGUCUGCGUCCGCACGGAGGACAUCAACAUCUCGGGGUCCCUCUACCGCAACAAGCUGAAGUACGCGGCCUUCAAGUGCAAGAAGAUGAACUCCAACCCCAAGCGGGGCCCGCUGCACUACCGCGCGCCCGCGAAGAUCCUGUGGCGGACCAUCCGUGGCAUGGUGCCGCACAAGACGCCCCGCGGCGCCGCCGCCCUCGACAGGCUCAAGGCGUUCGAGGGCGUGCCGCACCCGUACGACCGCAAGAAGCGCAUGGUCGUCCCGAGCUGCCUGAAGGUGCUGCGCCUCAAGAAGGAGCGCAAGUUCUGCAAGCUCGGGGACCUCUCGCAGCAGGUGGGCUGGAAGCACCAGGACCUUGUGGAGCGCCUGGAGAAGCAGCGCAAGGUCAAGAGCGAGGUCUUCUACAAGAGGAAGAACGCGCAGAAGAAGGCGCGCCAGCAGGCGGUCAAGUCGGCAUCCGUGUCCGCGGAGGACAAGAGCAUCCUGGAAUCUGCUGGGCUGGCUUAGGUGGGCUGAGGGGCCGCGGCUUGCACAGUACGCGGCGGGCGCGCUGGCAUCUCCAAGGAUCCGUCAUUAGGCAGCAUCAGCAGGAAACACGUUGGAUCGUUGGGUUCGUUCGCGUGCCUCGCCAAAAUCAUCACCAUCGCUCAACAACGUAUCGUAGUCGACGACAGCCAGC